AUCAUCAUCAUAAUCACACUCUCUCAAGCAUUCUCUUCUUUGCCGAGCAGUCUUCCAGACAAGCACUCUUUACUUUUAACCGAAUUCCUUAAGAACAUUCGUUCGUUUUUUCCCAAAAACAACCCAACAAAAAUCAAAAUGCAGUUCACCACCGCUCUUCUUGCUCUCGCUGCUACCGCAGUUGCUCUUCCCAACGUUGGUCCUGCUCCUGGCAAGGGUGCUGAGGUUGGAAAACAGGAUGCCUUCUGGCCUGUUAGCGACAACGUGACCGUCGAGGAAGCCAAGGCUGCCUGUGGUACCGACAACCAAAUUGCUUGCUGCGAUGAUACCACCUUCACUGGUGACCAGGUUGAGGUUGCAUCUGGCCCUCUUGCUGGUGCCCUCAAGGAUCUCCUCGGAGGAAAGAAUGGUGCCAAGGGUCUCGGUCUCUUUGACAAGUGCUCCAAGCUCAACAUCGAUGUCCUCAUUGGUAUCUCCGAUCUUAUCAACAGCCAAUGCAAGCAGAACAUUGCUUGCUGCCAGGGCAACACUGCCGACUCUUCUGGCGACCUUAUCGGACUCAAUGUUCCUUGCGUUGCUCUUGGUUCCCUUUUGUAAAGGACUCUUAUGUACAACUAUUCUGUCUCCUUUCAUCUCUUGUCACAUUCUAUCAACCUUUCUAAUUGAUUGUCAUGUAUCUCGCAUUCAAUGUUGAAAAGCCGGAAAAGGGAUUGUGAAGGAUUUCGGAUUGAUGUCACAUUGAAAAAGGGGUUUCCUUUUACAUCUACUUUUUUGUUUCUAUCACUUGUCUUUUUGUUUCCCUCGCCUGUUAGGUGUUGGGUGGUAUAAAUGUAAUAAAAGAUUGUUUCGGCAUAAUUGGGAACUCUAGACUUUUGCUUUCAUGCUGUUAGUUAUAAAGCACACGCAUAUUCAAUAUAACUCUUCGGU